GAGCACCAAAACCUUCAAAAAGGAUACGAACGAGUUGCAGUCGGCCUCGUGGAGGUAUUUGUUUUUUUCCUCUGAACUGGUCAAGAUAAAACUUCCUGCGCUGAAAGUUUCAAUCUCGAAAAACUCAAGUCAGUGAAUUGCUUGCUUGGCGAUGCCGUUGUAUAGUUACAGAGAGCGACAGAGCUUUUGAGGUGGUUGAAGAUAAUUAGGCCAAGAACUUCAUUGGCCUAUCCUUGAUGAAUUUUUGUAUCGAAGUUGCUGGACUUUUUUCAAGGCUGCAUUGACUAGGUUGACUGGCUUUCUGAGGGCUCUUUAGUCUUUACAGAUGCCGUUUCAUGGGCCUAUUAUGGGUUUGUGGUUUGCUCAAUCUCCGGCCGUUGUCAACAAAUUUUGGGGAUGAAGAAAGGUUAAAGAGAAACUCGAUUUUCCAAAUCUUUGCCGUGUGAGGACAAAAGGUUUAGCUUUCCAAGGCAACUAGACAAGAUGGGUUGGACACUAAAAGGAAUCAGCAUAGUUGAAUUGUUCGAGUUAUCUAAUGACAUGUGUACUAGCUGGACUGUUUCGGUCAAUGCAUGUCUCAGCUUGGACAAUGGUGGUUGGCACCAUUAGUACCUGGUGAGUUACGGUCGUUGGACACUGUCUCAGAGUAGGUAUUUGUUGCUCUGAUGCCUUUUUAUCUCUAGCAAGGAGGAAACAAAUUGAAAGUACAGUUCACCAAAUCUAUCUCAAUACCAAACCUACGGGUCACAUGACUCGGUUAAGUCCUAUGUCGUAACUCGGUGCAAAAAUAGUGUUAAAUCGUAGAGAGUAGGCGUAAGUACUUACGACCUCCAUACACGUGUGUUAAGAGGUGGAAACUACUAAUUUAACCAUAACAACCAUGUUUUAUUGCUCUUGUGCUCUGCUUUUACUUAAAACAGUGCCUAAUUUGGUUCUCCGAGUACACACAAAGAUCAAUGCCAAGUGCUAGUUAGGUGUUGAAGUUGUUGAGUCAUGAGUUCUACCAGCCGAAGAGUUGAUGAUCUCUCCUUCACGUUAAAGAGACCCCAUUUCUUCAAGAUAAUUCUUGAUUCCUCCAUUAGAGAAGGAAAGCUUGAAGUACCAAAAAAGUUCGUGAAAAAAUAUGGAAGUAGCCUUCCAAACAAAGUGUUGCUUGGGGUUCCAAAUGGUAAAGAAUGGAAGGUAGAAAUAUCAAAGAAUGAUGACACGGUUUGGUUACACAAUGGUUGGAGAGAAUUUGCAGAGUAUUAUUCUCUAGAUUACGGCCACUUAGUAGUUUUUGAAGAUAAAGGAUGUAGUGAAUUCCGUGUAAUUAUAUUUGAUAAGAGUGGAUCAGAGAUCAAGUAUCCUUAUAAUGGUACUCUCGAUGAUGAGGAGCCUAAACAUGAUGGAGAACACAAAAGGCAUGAAAAAAACCCAACUAUGGAUGAUGACCCUGUUAAAAUAUUGGAUGAUUGCACUACAAAGAGGAGAGCAAGAGAGAGAGCAGCCCAUGAAUCUCCUCGGCCUAUUAAGAAGAUGAGAAAUGAUUCUAAGCUUCGGACUUCAGAUUGUUUAGAAAAAGGAUUUGGAGGUGGUGGAGGCCUUUCCGCUGGUCAGAAGCCGAAAUCUGGGUUUGUUGAGAGAUCACAGCCAUUGGCAUUUAAAGAAACUUCUGAAGUUCUCAAGAGAGCUAGUUCAUUUCGAUUUGAAAAUCCUUCUUUCAUUAUCACCAUGCAACCAAGCUAUGUUUGUACCAGAUAUACAUUGUCUAUCCCACGGGACUUUGCAAGAAAGCAUAUCGGGAAGAAGAAUAUUAAUGUCACCCUCUGUGUUUCGGAUGGGAGAAAGUGGUCUGCUAAAUACUUUUACUAUCCAUACCUACCAACACCAACGACAGUAAUCCGCAAUGGCUGGAAGUAUUUUGCGAAUGACAAUAGUUUGAAAGUAGGUGAUGUGUGUGCCUUUGAGAUGAUUAGGACCCGUAGAAUCAAAUUCAAAGUGUUUAUUUUCAGAGUUGACGAAAAUCCAAAUCUUCAGACGUCAUUAGGCCAUGGUGGUGGUCCCAAAACAGUUGAGCCCAAAAGAAGCUUGGAGACAAACUUUGCACCAGACCGUACUUGCAAUAAUGGAAGCGGCACUUCUAGAUUGUGUGACCAGUUGACAGGAAAAGAAACUCAAGCGCUCCUGACUAGGAAAAAUGGGAGUAGUCCAAGCCUUUCACAAUGCCAAAUAAAAGAAGAGUCGUCACCAUCACCAUCUUUUCAACCUCAUGAGACAAAAGAAACCAAUCAAAGCGGAAGGAUGCUAACUUUGACCGGCGAGGAAGAAGAUAAAGCACUCCAGGAAGCUGUUGGUUUCAAAUCUGAGUGUCCCUUUUUCAUAAUCACCAUGCAACCAUCAUACCUUUCUCCUAGUUGUGAAAUGGGUAUACCAGAAAGAUUUUUCAAGAGAUUUUUCAUUGGAAAGCAAGGCCAUAUUGUUCUUCAAGUUCAGGAAGGCAGAACUUGGACUGUUAAGUACAUCUGGACCAAAUAUGCCAGGUUUUAUGGCGGCUGGAAGGCAUUUGCAGAGGACAACAAUUUACGAAUUGGUGACGUGUGUGUCUUUGAGCUCAUCAACAGAAAUGAGUUUCUCUUCAAAGUUUUCAUUUACCGAGAUGCAAAAGAUGGCAAGGACUGCCUAUCUGCAGGAAAGUUCACAGAGUCGGCACUCAAAGAGGGUACGGAGGAAGAGUUUACUCAGACGCCUUCACGUGUUAGGAUCUCCAAUGCUAAUAAAUCAGUAGACAAUUUCAAUUCAGAGUAUCCGUUCUUCAGGGUCGUUAUAUGUCCAAGUGAUCUCAGCGAUGGAUGUUUGAGUGUACCAAGAACAUUUGUUGUGAAGCAUAUUCAGCAGGAGUCGAAGGAAAUGCGACUUAUGGUUGAAGGUAAAUCAUGGCCUGUGAAUGCAGUAGCCGAUGCAGCAAACUCUGGCAAGAUCGUAAGUGGCUGGACAGAAUUUGCUAGGGAAAAUGCUCUGCAAGUAGGGGACGUGUGUUUCUUUGAGCUGGUUCGGAUGGAAAUUGUGGAGCUUAAGGUUUCAAUUUUCAGACAUGCUAGUUAAUGAAUUGAUUGCUUGUUUAUAAGUUAGUUGAUGAUUCCCUUUGUGCUUGAAGACUUAAUAUCCAGUUAACAUGUUUCAGUCUAACUAGUGAGAUCCCAAUGCCAAGUCUAUAGUUUGGAGCUCAAAGUUUACCAUUUUCCGCGGCAUUGUCCGUGUAGUGAUGCACAUCUACCAGGAAAGCUUGCCUGGCUUUGCCAGUUGAGUAGGGGUGAAACGAUUGGUUUUUUGACAUAAAUUUAACUGAUCAGUCGUUCGGUUA